AUGAUGAGGCUGGCACUAUCAAUAAUAGUUGCUACAUUGUCUCUAUCGAUUGGUAUCUAUGCAGCUGAUAAAACAUAUGAACCUACUUGGGCUUCUAUAAAUAGUCGUCCUUUACCAACUUGGUAUGAUCAAAGUAAAUUUGGUAUAUUUAUCCAUUGGGGUGUCUACUCUGUUCCCCAUUAUGGUUCUGCUCUCCCAGAGUGGUACUGGUAUAAUUAUAACAACCCAUCAGAAGAUGGUGGUGCAACUCAAAGAUUCCAUAACACUUCUUUUGGUCCAAAUUUCCAAUAUCAAAAAUUCGCUGAAAACUUUAAUGCUUAUAUCUUUGACCCAGAUCAAUGGGCAGAUUUAUUCAAAAAAGCUGGUGCCAAGUAUGUUGUAUUAACAUCAAAACAUCAUGAAGGUUUCUGUUUAUGGCAAAGUCCACAAUCAUGGGGUUGGAAUAGUGUCGACGUGGGUCCAAACAAAGAUUUGGUUGCAAUGGUUACCAACUCUGUUAGAAAGGCUGGUCUUAAAAUGGGUCUCUAUCACUCACUCUAUGAAUGGUACAAUCCAAUAUAUGACGCUGACAAGGCUACCGGUCAACCACCAACUCAAUCCAAAUAUGUCGAUGAAAUCAUGUUACCACAACUCUACGACAUUAUUCAAAAAUAUGAACCAUCUGUUAUUUGGGCUGAUGGUGAUUGGGAACAAUAUUCAGCAUACUGGAAGAGUACUGAAUUUUUGGCAUGGUUGUAUACUAAUAGUACAGUCAAGGAUGAAAUUGUAACCAAUGAUCGUUGGGGUGCUGAAUGUCCAAUGAAGGAUGGUGGAUAUUUUACACCAUACGAUAGAUACAAUCCAGGUAAAUCAAUUGGUCAUAAAUGGGAGAACUGUUAUACCAUUGGUCAAAAUUGGGGUUACAAUGAAAACGAACCAUUCUCUGGAUUCCAAUCGGCCACCGAUAUUAUCUACCAAUUGGUCAGUACUGUCAGUUGUGGUGGUAACUUGUUGCUUGAUGUUGGUCCCACUCCAGACGGUCUGAUUCCAUGGAUCAUGCAAGAAAGAUUACUCCAAAUUGGUGCUUGGAUGGAUGUCAACAAUGCUGCCAUCUAUGAUACUAUUCCAUGGAGAGCUCAAAACGAUACUGCCGAAGAACAAAUCUGGUAUACUACCAAUCCAAACACUUUGGAUGUCUAUUGUAUCUCUUUUGUCUGGCCAACCAAUGGUAUUCUUUCUCUUACCCAGCCACUUGCCUCUUCAUCCACCCAGGUAUUCCUCCUUGGAUGUACUCCAUCAACCGCCUGUAACACUCUAUCCUAUACUGUCAACAAGGCCGGUAGUGGAUUCAGCAUCAAGUUGCCAAGCCUCCCACCAACAGGUUACCCCAAUUAUGCCUAUGUUUUUGUCUUAAAGAAUGUUAAAUAA